AUGGGCAUCGUUCUUGUCCUGGAGAAGCAGACGACAAGCACAACGACAUCCUCAUCAACACAACAAGACUUCAUACAACAGCAAUCGAUGGACCUCGACUUUUGCCAGUCUCGAAGACAUCCAUACAACGACAAUACUGCCAUGCAAUUCGCGGCUAUCGCCGCCCUUGCCGCCUUUACUGGUCUGGCUUUCGCUGAAGUCAAGAGCUACACCGGCCUCCUCGCCGCGGAGGACAGCCCUGGUUCGCAUGACUGUGUGGAAUCACUUCGUGCGCACCGUAAAAACCCCCAGCCCACUACGUCUCUCGCUAAUCAUUAG